AUGUCUGAGCCUUCAAUAGAAAAAAUAAUGCCAGUGAUGUAUAAGUACCCACUGGAGAUAACGUACAAGGAUCAUACGGUCUUAAGAAAAACAGGGGCUGAAAAUCUGAUUCCCGAAACUCUAAACUCAAUCAUUUGUCAGGCAUUUUUAAUUCAAAAUGCCUUCAUGACCAAGCAUGUCUUUUGGAAAAAAAACAAAGAGGAUAUUCAAAGACCAUUAAAGAUCUUAGAAGAUUUUUUAGACUUAAAAGAGAAUCAUAACUCAAGUUUUGGUAGUCACAUUUACAUUGUUGAUGAGAUUCCCGAUAUUGGACUAUCUAUGGAAGUAGAAAAGGACGUUAUGGUAGUGCAGAAAUCAAGAAUUCAAGAUAUCAUACAGUCUUUACAACAAUUAGAUGAUACUGUGUUGCAUGCCAGAAGAGGAUUAAUGGAAGCUAGGGAAACGACAAGAUAUCAUAAGUUUACAGUAAAAAGAACCAAAGAUGAUGAUAUUGAAAUUGUUAUACCAUCUACUAAUAAGGAGUUAACUUCAUUUUUUUCAGAUAUUACUAGCGAAAAACAACUUACGGAUUUUGUUAAGGAUGUAAAAGAGCAUUCGCACUGCCCCAAACCAAAAACGUCUCCUGAUCCAUCAGCCUCGCACAAGAAGCCAGGACACAAAGAAGAACAUAAAACCUCUGGAAAGAAAUAUAUACAUUAA